AUGAUGUCCUGCAGUCGCCGCCUCACAUCUAUGGCCUCCUCGGUCCCGCGCUUCGCCGCUCGUACCUACUCCUCGACCGUCCCCCGUCUGCACGAGAACCGCAUGCAACCCAAUGACCCCUCCCCGCCAGCUCCCAAGCCCAAUGUCUCCGCUACCAAUGACCCCGAUGGCAAUGCCGCUCCCAUUGCUGAAUUGACCGAGAUGCGGGCCCACGACUUCCGCGAGCACCCCGCCGUCGGCGAGCAGAUCCGCAGCGUCCAGGCCCCGAACCGCUCUUCCACUUGGGCGUCUAGCCAGCAGCCUCGCGAGAAGGCCAUGACCGGACCUCGCUUCGAGCAGACUAUCAUGCAGACUCAGCCCCGGCCCCUUGCUGCUAUUGAGCUCAUUCACAAGCAACCCGUCCGGUGGACCAAGUCCAAGGUUGUCAGCUGUGACGGUGGUGGUGGUCCCCUUGGCCACCCCAAGGUCUUCAUCAACACUGACAAGCCCGAGAUUGCGACUUGCGGAUACUGCGGCCUUCCCUUCGCCCAAGAAAAGCACAAAGCCUACCUCAAGUCUCUGCCCGCCACCAGCUACCCUCUCGAGUCCACCGGUGAUAUUGCCGAGGUGAACGAAACCCAGCGCGUUGCCCCCGCUACCGGCGGUCUGGAGCAGCGGUAG